CUCAGUUGGGAGUGAGCCUGCUUUGGACUUCAAGAUUAUAACGUUUUGUCUCGUCUUUUGAAGUCGCAUUAUUAUAGAAUAAUAGUGCGUGAAAAUGCGUUGCAGUGCAGGACAUAUCAUGUGUUCACUGUUGUUAGUAUUUUUCAUGUGCGUUGUGUUAGCUAGUGAGACAACAACGAGUGUUCUUUCUGCGUCAACUAACUCAACGCAUACCACUGGCACGGGCAAUGAUACAACUAACCCAAAUCCAAAGAAAUGGAAUUUUUUGAGUGAUGAUGAUAACGACAUAUUAACUAAAACCGCAAUGAGUGUGGCAGCGUUAGGCGCACUGCUCAACUUUAUUGUCAUUAUUGUCAUGACGUUGGAUCCUUUGAAGAUACUUCGCAAAGGACAUGCCUGGAUAACUAUUCUAAAUUUGGCAAUUGCUGAUUUCAUCUCGUGUGUAUUUGGUUUCUGCUUAUUUGGACGUAAAUAUUUCGCUAAAUCGCAUGAUUAUGACUUAAUAUACAAGAGAAUCAAUGCAUUUGGCUGGGGUUUUGGUUCCGCAGCCUCGUUCUUCGUGUUGACAUUCUUCAUGGUGCAAAUUUUCGCAAUCACAAAAUUUCCUUUGAAAAGUCGUUCUUGGUUUCAAACACGAAAAGUUGUGUCAAUUAUAAUAGUAAUUUGGUUCUUGGCAUUUUUGCUGGGUCUAUGUUACGUGGCCAGCGAAUUUUUUACUGGUAUUGAGACGAUUUUUAACAUCUAUAUAACUCGCAUUGCGAUUCUACAAGUGGCAGUCCUGGUUCAACUUAUCUUGAAUAUCCAAGUUGUUGUCGAAAUCGUUAGAAGUGGCCGUAAUGUUGGAAAUCCUCAGAAUAAACACAAGGUUCUCGCAAUAACUGUUAUCAUCCUUACAACAAUCCUCUUUUUCACUGCCUUCCCUUAUUUCACGAUAAAACAAUUAGAGUUUAUCGCAAGAUCAGGACGCCUUGGUGACGAUAAAUGGCAGGAUAUAUUUCUUGAUCUGAGCCGAAUCUAUCUACCAAUUGCCCUCCUGAAUUUUGCGGUUAACCCUAUCCUAUAUUCUCUGCGUCUACCAGAUUACCGACGGACUCUGGUUGUCUUGGUCUGUAAAAGACAAAGAAAAAAAUUUUCUCCGAUGACGGCAACUUCAACAAAGCAAACAAACGUGUUCUCUCUGCGAAGUCAAAGAACGUCGGACAAUUCACGCGAGAAAAAGUGAGAAAUACUUUCUGAAACAGUCACCAUGCAUGCAUUACCGGACCACGUCUUCUAUGAAGAUAAAGACUUAUGCGCCUGCGCAUUUGCUCAGCUUAUUCACUGAUCUAUGUAAAAGCCAGUGGUGCCUAUAUAAUUAUAGAUAUUUAAAGCGCUUGGAUACGUGGCUGGGCGUGGUAGGUCGAUGUGACAUAUAUCGUUAAUUUCUAAGCCGAAUAAUUCUUUUUUAGUAACUUCAAUACAACUUAGAUGAUACCUCGGGGGUGGGGGCCUGGGAAGUAUAUUCCUAAUCACGCGAUGGCGAGUACAAUUCCGGCGAGUUAAUACGAGUUAUGUUUGAAAAUUUGGCCAAAAUUGUGGAAAUUUUCAUGAUAGAUUCGGUUUGAAAAUGACCUGAAUAUUUGGAGUUAGAUCUUUCUGUUCAGAACAUUUGAAAAGCUAUUUUGCUUUCAAGAAAAUAUAGACCUACCAGCUAUCGUUCCAGAUAUAUCAGAACUCACUGAUUGAUAUUCAUGCAUUAAUGCUUCAUCAUCCUCUGCACCUGAAGUGUUAAUAAGCCUUAGGACUUUCGUAUAAGUCACCAUGAAAACAAAUUAACUCCAGCUAGGACCUUGCAGAAUAUAAAACUAAAACUUCAUGAAAUAAAGAAAGAAAGAAUGCAUGAAGAAAUGAAGCAACAAUUAAAACGUGAAAAAACAUUUAUAAUAGAGAAUUGAUUAACAUAUAUAAUUAUUGUUAUCUAGUAGUUUAUACAAUUGCUGUAAGCAUGAUGUUAAUCCACAACGAAAUUUAAGUUAGUUUGGAUUGGAGGUGCCAGCUAGCACACUGGUUCGUAAGUACAAUCUCUAUCAGUGUGUUUUCGUCGUUUCGUUGCAAAGGAACGAGAAUUGACGUCGUCGUUCCAAUCUCCGAAGAAAUUCUUGGCCUUCUCCUUUCUUGUUAGAACUUCAUCGUUAAAAUCCCCGCCAUUCUUCUCUUCAUCACGGAGCCAAACCCAUCUCGGCUUCGCCAAACACAGGCUGAUGGUAGAAAACACCAGAAACACGACGAAGAACUUCUUACACAAAGCCAUAACGUUUCAAACCUUGUUGUGAAACUGGUUUAGAAUGCCCACUUCGGAACACAAUAAAGUAUUGAAUAUGAAGCCUGACUUAUAUACAGCACCUCCUCAGGAUUAACAGAUGUUUUCUUUGACACAUUGACCGUGUUUUUAAAACGGACGCCAUGUACGCUAACAAGAUAAGUGCUAUAGUUCAACCAACGCUCGCUUCACAGCCAAAUGAAGGCACCCCAUGUAUAUUCAAGCUCCUGGCAACAAUUAAUGACAACAUAUUGUGUCAGAUCUACUGCAUGAGUACUCCCACAUGAACAAUUGGUCUAGUUCUAUCUCAUAGUUUAAAAACAUGAGUGGAAUCAUGUCUUAAUUCUUGUUAAAAUAAUAAUAA